UUACAUAUCUCGCCACCAGUUCUGGUUCAUUACAUUGUCAGUUCAAUUAGUGGGUACUACUUUUUUCUUUCUAAAUUCAAUACGGUCAAAAUGAAAAUGCUCGUCGUUCUUUCAACCCUAUUGGCCGUAACGUUGGCAGCCCCACAAGUCAACCCCGCAGACGCACAGGCCCAAGUAGUCAAAUACGACAGCGACAACACUGGAAUUGACGGAUACAAUUUUGCUUUCGAGACUAGCAACGGUAUUUCCCAACAAGAGCAGGGAACACUUCAAAAUGCCGGAUCAGAAAACGAAGUUAUGCAGGUCCGUGGUAGCUUCACAUACACUGGUGCCGAUGGUGUUGUUUAUACAGUAACCUACAUCGCUGACGAGAACGGUUUUCAACCCCAAGGAGCCCACUUACCCAGCAGAAAAUAAGUUAUUUAAAAUGUUUAAUUUAGGAUUAUUGAAUAUGGUUUUAUCCACUAAAUAAGCACAAAUCAGCAGUAUACGCACCUAAGAAGAAUCCUCAUUUCAUUCAUUAUAUUAUUAUUUGGUUGGUUUCUUGGUUAUUAAUCAUUUUUUGCACUAUUUAUUUAUACACCUUUGCUGUCAGUGUUUCUUAAUGUAAAUAGUUUUUAAGCUUUUUUUGAGUUUAAAUAUUAAUGUGAGAUUUUAUAUGAUCCAUUAUUAUAUAAGUUAUUGUAAAUAUAUCGUGUUAAGGACAAAUAAAGAAGAACGAAUUAUUUUUGCUUUA